AUUUCUUGUUGUUUCAUGUUCAUUCUAAUUUUCAGGGAGUUUGCUGCUUCAGUAAGAUUUUGUACCUCUUGUGUGUAGUUGUUCAUGCCCCUUCCGAUUCUUUCUUGAAUUGUUCUUUUUUUUCCAUUUUCCCCCCUCUGGCAUUCUCAUUUCAUUUAUAAAAACAUUUUAAAACACUUUCAAAAAACAUUUGUUUAAAAAAAACCACUUUGCUUCAUAUUUCCCAUGAAUUAUAGUUGAACUUUUGCCUAAGGUAUGUUUUUUUUCUUAUAGAUGCUCUGGAGCAGGGGUGGGGACUGGAUUCAGUCAAAAGGCCCAACUUGAGGACUUAGAGGGUCACAUGUGGCCUUGAAGCCCCAGGUUCCCCACCCCUGUGUUAGAGCCAUCAUCUUCUUUUGGGUUGGCUCCCUAAACAUUCUGUUCACCUUAAUAUCUUUUUAUGGGAAGAUUCUUUUUUGUUCAAUCAUUCUUUCAGCCUACUUCCUUACUUUAGACUUUGUUAGGGUCAAACUCUCACAAUUCUGGAGGAAAUGUCUGGGCCAAGCCUGUGUCCUCUUGGGUUCUGCUGCUGCUUUCUUGGAGUAUUGAGUAUUAGGUUAUUCUAGGAUCUCAGGGGCAGCUCAGGCUGGGCACCUAAACACUCUUGAGCACUCCCAAAGUAGUUUGAUCCAGGGCAAAGUCAGAUCACUCUCCCCCUAUCUGAGCCUGGCACGUUCUUGACCUGUGUUUAGGAUUUGUUCUGGUGUAUUUUCUAGAUUUUUGUGGAGGAACUUGGUUAGGCAGCUCACUGCAUUUCCUGCUAUUCUUCCAUUUUCUCUCUGUUUUCAUCUGGGGAAUAAAUGCAGGGUUAGCAAUAUUAUGCCAAAAAUAAGAAGACCACGGAAAGUUUUUUUUAAAUGCAGAGAUGAAAACAUAAGGAAGUGCACUUCAGAUGGAGGUACAAGCAGGACAGUUUUGAAAAUAUCUUGUGGAAUUUAUUAUAUGCUUAAAGAAAAGCAAGCUUACGAAAUGGAGAUUUGCAGUUUCAUAGAGAAUCCCUUUUUUUGGUCUCCUGAUGCAUAUAUUUGUUGUUUAUAUUCAGAAUUAAAACAAAUUUAAAAUAAUAAUUUGACUAUUAUCAGGCAGCUGAUUUCAUUAGAGGCCUUCCAGUGAGCUGACUUCCCCAAAUGCUUCAGUGAGCUUAACAGAAAUAACUUGCCUUCAAACUCUUCAACGGGUCUCCCAGUUCUUCCAGUCCCAGCACACACAGCUCCUGAUGUGGGGGCACCGCCCAAUUCAAUACUGAUCUCAGGGUAUAGAAAAAGAAAAUGAAAUAUUGCUCUGAAAUAGUAACAGGAUAGAAAUCUUGAUUUCCUUCCGUCUGGCUGAUCCUUUCUUUUUAAUAUCUCACGAAGAAUCCACACAUCCAUUCUAUAACAACAAAGACAAUGAGUAAAACAUUUGUAGAGGGAUCCUUCAUGGACCCCUCAGUCCUAAGGCCUCUGGCUGACCUUCCUGACCACCCGAGGGCAUGGGGAGAAGGAUUAGGGGAAGGGGCUGAGGGUCGAGGACUCUUCUCAAGGAUCUGGAGACCUAUUUAAAGCAGCAGCCUGGUUGCCUUUGAAAGUCACAGCCAGUGUCUGCAGGUGGGAUUGAAACCCAGCUCCUGGCGCCUUGGAGACCCUUCCCGCAAUAGCUCGAGCCAUGUCUCCACAUUCGUGCUCCUAAUUAAGGGAGAUCGCUGCAGUCCGAGCACCCCCCAAACUGCGAAGACUAGACAGGUGGGGAGGGGCCAGCUUGGGAAGGGUUUUAAAUGCCACACAGAGUGGCCUGCAAUAGAUCCGGGGUAAUAGGGAGCCACGGGAGCUCACAGAGGAGAGCUGGCAGCUGGUCCACACGGUCCCGGGCGGCAGCCGCCCCUCUGCCAGGCAGGGUGGAAGGCUGGACCCUCUGGGUCUCCGGGCCCACGCCCCGCAGCCGGCCGGCUUCCUUCCAGCCUCAGGCACUUGCUAUAGGAGAGGCACGUAAGUCCUCGGGGCUCAGUUUCCUCCUCUCUAAAUGAGGGGGUUGGGCCAGCUGGCUCCAGGUUCCCUUUGCCCUAGCCCCGCAGCGGGCGCCUGAGCCUAGAGACUGAGAUCGAAGCUGACUGACGGCGAGGCUAGCCGGCGUUCCCCGCGCCAGGUUUGUGGCCCUCGCGGGCCGCCGUCCUUUCCCCGUCCCCGGACGUUGCGUGAAUGCCCCGCCCUCGCUUCCGGCGCUCCCGGACGGCGCGAAAACCCAAUUGACAAGAAUCUCUGCCCGCCGAGCUCUGGCCUCCCUUGCGGCUUGCACCCUCCCCCCGCCCCCCCAGUUCGGACCCCAGCGCAGCCCCGGCGCCCAGACUGUCGAGGGUCUCCCGCCGGCGGGGGGAGGGGGAGACGCCCGCGCGCCGCUUCUGGCUUGGGGGGUUCCGCGCCCGCGCCCUUUUUGCGGGGGUCUCUUCCCGCGGCCCGCGCUCCCCCGGGUCCGGCCCCGCACGUCAUGGCACCGGCGCGCGCCGGCUCGGGGCCGGGCCCCGCCCGCGCCUGAGGGCCCGGCAGCCGAGGCGGGGACCAUGGUCGGGGUGCUGGCCAUGGCUGCGACGGCGGCGGCUCCGCCCCGAGCGCCCGGGAAGGACUUGGACAUCCAGCCAUGCAAGAAGCAAAGGAAAGAAGAUGAUGGAGCUUCCUGUAAAACCAUUACUGAAUAUAUGUCACCAAUAAGGAAAACUGGAGACAAAGUUUUCUCCCCACCAAAAUCUAAUAACAUCUUGGAUUACUUUAAAAGGACUUCACCCAUAAAUGAAAAGCCUUCUGUAGCUAAAGAGUGCAAGAUACAGUCAUCUAAACCAUUGCAUGUUGAUGAUAGCAAAGAAUGGAAAAUACUUUUGAACAAUCCCUCCAAUUUAGAGCCUAAGUCAAGGGGAAAGAAAAUUAAUUUAUCUCAACAACUGAAUGAUAUUAAAAAAUUGGAAAAUGAACCCAUAAUAAUUAGUAGUGAUGACAGCAGAGAAGAAGCCAGCCUACAUAACGUUUCUGUGGGUAGUGAGAAUGAUACUUCUGCUUCACUUACCCUGAAAAAUGUAGAGUCCAUCUCAGAAGGUAGUCACAGUAACAAAAAGCAAUCAAGCACUGUGUCCUCUCUAAAAGAUAGAAAGAAAGUAAACUCUGAACGAAGUAUCACAAAAAGCCACAGCAAAAAAUUAAGGAAAAGGAAGCACAAAGAUGAUAAAGACUUAACUAGAAGUUUAUCAUUAGAAAAAGAAUCCGGCCAGCGAUCCAAAAAGCAACCCUCAGACAAUGAGCAAGCAGCCAGGUGGAAAACUGGUGAAGUUGUGGAUCCUGUAAGUGAUUCCAGCCCUGGAAUUUGUGUGUCUGAGACAGCCCAGGUAAAUGAUAAUACAGUAACUGUAUCUUAUGAGGAAUUUUUAAGAAGUCAGGAAGAAAACCCAUUGGAGUGCAUACAAGGACCCAAAAUGUCAGCUCGUAGUCAUUCUGAUUCUGCCAAUGAAGUUGGUAAGAGUGGGAACACUAGUGAUCUUGAAACCAGUGAAAGUUCCCAGCAUCUGCCCCUUAAAACAGUGACUGUCCUUGCACAAAUCCAUGCUGUGCCACCAAAGCCUCUUUCAAGGAUAAAGGGCAAAAGGACUCUGAAAAUACCAUCAAUUUUCUUGAAACAAAAGGAAAGUGAAAUUGGAAAUAAUCUUCCUGAGCCCGAAAAUGAACAGACAGUUCAGAAAAGAAAAUCCAAUGUAGUUAUAGCUGAGGAAGAAUUAGAGUUGGCUGUGAUAGACGCUGGAGGCCCUGAAUCCACAAAGCCAAAAUGUACUAUGGAAGAAAGACAGCAGUUCAUGAAUGCUUUUAGACAACCUGCAUUUGAUGCUGUUAAAAGUGGAGUUAAAAAAUCCUUGGAAAGACAGAAAGAUGCUCAGGAAAAAUCUUUGAAAGAGGAAGGGGGUAAAGAUGACUCAGUUAAAGGAACAGAAUGUGCUAAAAUGCCGAAAGAUUCAAAUAAUGACAGUUCACAGCCCUGUGAUCCUAAAGGAAGCCCAGCCAAAGGAAAAAGGAAAAAGCUCCGGAAAAAGCAUAAGAGAAUAUUGGCAACUGAGGAUGCUGCUAAGGAAGAAAAUACCUCAUGUGAUGUAAAUAUUAAACAAAGGCCAAAUAGCAUCAGAAGAAGUCUGAGACAACAGAAAACUGAAGCUUCCAAAAGUGCUCUCUCUCUUAGCAUUACAAGUGCCAUUUCUGAAGACGUCUCAGGCCACCGUCCUUUACAUGUUUCCACUCCCAAAGCCAGCCGUAAAUCAUCAAGAAAAAUCACUACAUCAGUAAAGAGUGUGGGAAUUACAUAUCCUAAAGAUGUCUUAGAUGAUAGCCUGGGAUAUGAUUUCACUCCCAAAUCGACCAGAAAAUCUUCCCAAAAAACCAUGGUAAUGAUUGGAGACACCGAUUCUGAAGAUACACAAGUUGACGGUCCUGGAAAGGUUUCUACUAAAGCAGCUGCCAGCACAUCUUUGGAACAGCAUGGCUUGUAUAUGGCUGAAUUGAUAACGGUGCCCUUUGAUUCAAAGAGCCCUAUUAGGAUGAAAUUUACCAGAAUUAGUUCACCCCCCAAAUCCAAGAAAACAGAAACAGAUGAUGAUUUUACUCCCAAGAGUAGAAAGGCAAGCAGUGUUUCUAAAAACAUAUCAAAGGCAAAGCAGUUGAUUGAAAAAGCCAAAGCCAUACAGCAGAGCAAGUCAAAGAUGAAUGAAGAGGGGUCAGCCCCUCUGCGGCGUUCCUCUAGACAACAAGUUCUUACUGAAAGGAAAAAGUUAUCAGAGAUAGAUCAUUCAGUUAUAAUUAUAGAUUCAAGUCCUGCUUCUUCACAGAGUGCAGAGAACAAACAGAAGGAAAUUCAGUGUUUGAAUGAUGUGCUGGGGAAAAAAACGAACAAGACUACUAAGGAUUUGCAUGGAAAAAUAAAAGUGGCUCCUCUGUUCCUGCUCAAAAAACCUCAGAAAACAGCUGAACCUAUUGUGAUUUUCGAUGAUAACAGUCAAGAUGUAUCUGAAAACUCCCAGGAUGAUGAGCAAUUUAAAGCAAAGCGUGAAUUUCUCAUGAGUGGCUUGCCAGAUUCAUUGAAACGCCAUAUUGCAAAGAAAGCAGCUGCCUUAGAAGUCUACUCUUCGAUAAAUUCCUGUUUCCAGAGAGUCGUUCAUAUACAGCAACGGGACAACGGGAACCCUUUGUGGUGCUUGAUACCCCCUUCGUGCCCUCUCUUAACUGAUCUUAAAGAUCCGAAUAGCAGUGUAACCAACGUCACCAAACACGUCAUUGCCCUGGGUGAAUUUUCAGCUCUGAAUUCCAGACCCAGCACCAAUAAUUCUACAGUUGGGUUGUUGGGAGCAAGAAAAGAUUUUACAGAAGAAAUAAAGAAGAUUUUGCUGGAGGAAAUUAGAUGGUCUAAUCCUCAGUUUCCUUUAAAAAGAUUUUUUACACAGUUUUUAAAAAAGCGAAUUGAGCACCAGGCACUUUUUGGAUGUCAGAAUAAACAAGGACAUCCACAAAUAAAAUCCAUUGACGGUCAAAGGGAAGCCAAGAGGAAAAGAGGAGAGAGUGAAAACCACAAAUCAAAAAGAAGAAAACCAGGCGAAUGUGAUGAGGACCUAAUGGCGAAGGACUUCCCCGAGGGCAAGAGGGAGGCCAGGCCAGGCCAGUGCUCCAGAACCUCCAAGAAAAAGCAUGGGGCUUCGGGAAGUGUGACAUGUAGGGAAGCAAAGAGCCCAGGCCAGGGUUCUGAGGUCGUGAUAAUAGAAGAAGAGAAGACAUUUCCAUCAGAGGGACCGUCCAGCACUGAGUCUGGAAUUGAGGAUGUACUCUGGACAGAAAAAUACCAACCUCAGGACUCCAGUGAACUCAUAGACAAUGAAAUAGCAAUUCAGAAGUUACAUAGUUGGUUGAAAGACUGGAAAAGAAGAGCUGAAUGGGAAGAGAAAGGAAAUUUGAGAGUCAGAAGUGAUGACAAAGAACAAGAUCUCUCAUUCAGCAUGGAUUUUAAGGACAUUUCUGAUGAUGAGGAAGAGAAUUCCCUUUGCAACACUGUUCUUAUCAUGGGACCACCAGGAGUAGGGAAGACUGCUGCAGUAUAUGCUUGUGCUCAAGAGCUUGGCUUUAAGAUAUUUGAAGUUAAUGCUUCUUCCCAACGUAGUGGUAGACAAAUUCUCUCUCAACUCAAAGAAGCUACUCAGUCUCAUCAAGUGGACAAGCAAGGUGUAAAUUCACAUAAGCCUUGUUUCUUUAACAACUACAGCGUAGGCAGAUCACCAAAAAAAUUAAACUCACCUAAGAAAGUUCUCACAUCGCCAAGGAAACCUCCACUUUCACCAAGAGUUGCAAAGCGAGGACUCCCCCCCAAAACUUCGGCAAAUUAUUUUAAGGUGUCUUCCAAACAAAGUAAUAAUGAAGUGAUGAAACCCCAGAAGAAUAAUAAAGAAAUUAUUUCUUCUGAGGAGAAACAAGACACUCAAACAAAAUGGACAAACAUCUCCAGCUCAAAUGUCAAGGAAUUAGGAGCUGAGGAAUCCAGCAGGAAAAAUGCAACAUCUCUCAUUCUUUUUGAGGAGGUUGAUGUGAUAUUUGAUGAAGAUGCUGGAUUUCUAAAUGCAAUCAAGACAUUCAUGGCAACAACCAAGAGGCCUGUGAUUCUUACUACAAGUGAUCCAACAUUUAGUUUAACAUUUGAUGGAUGCUUUCAGGAAAUCAACUUUAAAACUCCCUCCUUGCUCAACGUUGCCAGCUAUCUACAGACACUCUGUUUGGCAGAAAAUUUAAGAACAGACGUAAAAGACUUUAUCACCUUGCUGACUGUUAAUAAUUGUGAUAUCAGAAGAAGCAUUCUCUACUUACAAUUCUGGGUUAGAAGUGGAGGUGGAUUUUUAAAAGAAAAACCAUUAUCACUUCAUGGAGAGAGUGAGGGGAAUGCCGAACUCAUUUGCUCUCAAACUGACGCUUGCCCUAAAAACCGGCCCCACACUCACAAGGAUCCUGCCGACCUUCCAAAGUGUGACAUUGGCUGUGCAGAGAGUCUGCUUGGCGUGAAGAACAUAGUCCUUCCAUCUGAGGAUUUGUUUUCCUUUAUAAAGCAUAAAAUCACAACACGUGAAGAAUGGAAUAAACUCAUUCAGCUCCUCACCGAAUUCCAAAAGCAGAAUGUUGAUUUUUUGUAUAAUAAUCUUGAAUUCAUUCUGCCAUUGCCAGUUCACAUCAUUCCAGAAUCAAAAGACCUUGGUAUUUUGCCUGAAACUUUAUCUGCCCCACCGCCGAGGAAGAAUGAGAAUCCUCUGAAUACCGAGCACUCUGAAGAAGGCAGUUCUCUGGCAAAGACCAAGAAGAUGAGGCGUCGGAAGAAGAUGAUCGUAUUGGAUGACAGCGACUUGUUUGACACUAGUUUGAAUUAUUCCGAUGAAGGUGUUGGUUUGCUAUCAGCCAUUCCACCCUCGAGCUCAGAAGAGAGUAGCUCUGCCCUCAAACUGAGUGCAAAAGGGAAGAAGAAGAAACCCUUGGAAUCCAACAUAUUUGUUUCUCUUCCUCCUGAAACUCUGGACCAACAAAAAUGCCCUGCUCUUGUUUCUCAUUGUUUAAAUUCGCUAACUGAAUUUAUGGAUAAUAUGUCUUUCUUAGAUUCCCUUUUACCUGAUCUAAGGGAACAGAAAGAAUUUGGUAAAAACGAAGACUUUAACUGGACAAAUGGCAAGGUCAAAAAUGGCCUUUGUGAUGAGUUUAGUCAAAAGCCCAGUGAUGGCUGGACUUGCCAAGGCUCGGAAGAGCUGAAGGCAGUCGUGGAAGCGCUCAGUUUUACCAAGUGCUCUUCCAUGAUUUCAAAAGUUUUGGAAAGCUCUUUGAACCCUUGCAAGAAGUUAGGAAAAGAUCUGACCAGGGACCUCACUUUGUAUAUUUCAGAACAAAGAAAUAACGUGUACUUCAGUCAGUCUGCCGCAGAUGUGGACAAAGCACAGAAGAGGUUGGCAGUUGUAAAAGCUGUAUUUUCUGGUAAAUCUCUUCUAAACCUGGGGAGCAGCAGGCAGGCCAGCCUCUCGGAAUACUUGCCAGCCCUCCGCAGCAUCUGUAGGAUGGAGAAGUUAAAAGAACAAGAAAGGAAUAAGAGAAGGUUCCUGCACUAUUUUGAAGGAAUUCAUCUUGACAUCCCCAAAGACACUGUGAGCCGUUUGGCAGCCGAGUUCCCCUAGUGCUCUGUGCUGAUGGUGCCAUGUACAGUAAAAGACACUGAUUCCAGUUUGCUAUUUCAUUGAUUUUCCUGUGUCAUUAAAUUUCUUCUUGAUGUACAGUAAAAAUAGACUUUGUAUAUUUUAUAUUCGUGUGCAAGUAUUUAAAAUAACCACAAGCCUGGGUUACAAACUGUAUAUUUGGUUGUGAUAGCUCUUCUUUAGGCUGAUGUUUUUGUACUUUUCUCUUGUCUGAGCUGAUCUUUUUUUUUUUUUAAACUUUAUUUCUGUGUGGAUGAGCGACUCAUUUCUCCUGGAGUGUAGGUUUAACCCAGAUGUGUCCAGAAAUGUUUGUGUUCCAAGUUAUUCUCAGAAAUUUUCUCCUUCACUGCCACCCUGUUCCAGUGACAGGACCAGGUCUUCUUUUAAUUUAAUUAUGAAUUUCAGUAGCAGGACAAUUUCUUCCAAAAUAGAUUUUACAGAAUUCACCCCCAGCUUGUUUGACUUUGCUGUUGAAAACAUGCGUGUUGCUAAUUUAAGACUUUUAGAACCAUAUACCACAGACAUACUUUGAAGAGAACUUAAUUUCAAGAGUGAAGGAAAAUGACUUUAAUUUUAAAAUGGAAGUUUUCCCUGUUGCUUUGAUAUUUGGUAAUAUUGGAUUAUCUAGACAGUGGAGUUUUAUAAAUAUUUUUCUGCUAUCAUCUUAUGUGUUACUUUAUUUUGUCAACCUGCCAACUAUUUUGUACAUUUUUCUACCUUUUUCUACCUUUGUGUUAUAUUUCAUAAAGAUUUUAACAAAGUUUCAUAUGACUGAACAUUUUAUAUACCUUUUUCCAGAUUAAUUGAAUUUGGUCAUAUUUGGAUGAAUUAUUCUUGAUCAGUUUGUAUCUUGAGGUGACUGAAUUCCUGUAUUUUUUCAAAUAACUGUUGAGGUAUUUCCUUUUAAGAUUUUGCUUUCUGAUUAAAGAAGGAACAUGUAAUUAAAUGAUUUAAAAUA